AGUACCUAUACAGUGUAUGAAAUGCAACCUUAGCCUCACCAUUCUUGUUCCUAUUAAACGUGUGCUAAAGUGGUCUCUGUAUAAUAGUUAAAUAACAGCAAAAGGAAAAUGUGGCAGUCAGAACCUGCAGUAGGCUUUAUUUUAUUACACAGAGGGGGAAAUGCAUCCUCCCUCAAAGAUAAACAGAUAGAAGUAAAAUGCAUAACAUUUGUUUCAAGUUAAACCAAUUCACAAGCCAUCUGCCAACCAGCAUUCUUUUGCAACAAUUAAAGUUAAUGCUGGAAGUUAAACCCUGUUCAUCUUGGGAAGGACUGAAGAUCCACAGUUGGCUGGCUUCACCGACCCUGAUUUGCACUAUUUUUGGAAUAUUUAAUGCUGCCUUUAGACACUCUCCUGAAAAGCUGAUCCAAAGUGGCAGCCUGUUCUCUUACAAAAUCCAUGAAGAGAGCCCGUGGAGAGUUAUAAGCAGGGGCUGUUCCAUCAGGACAGAGACUUCUACGACGACCAAGAAUGCACCUUUCCGUUUCCCUGUGUGCCCAUUCAGCCACGGUGCCACCGACAGCAUGGCAUUGCAGUGGCAGCGGGAAGCCAUCGCUGUAGCUGCCAGGACCAGGAGCAGUGGUACCUGUGGUGGAGAGAGUAGCAGCAUGUCGGUCCUGCCGGGCUGGAUCAGCGAACUGAACCUCGAGAACUGUAUGCCGCCUCUGGCACCUCCCACUAAACGGCACUGCCGCUCCCUGUCGGAGCCUGACGAGCUGGCCCGCUGCCGGUCCCCAUGGAAACCCAGCAGCAGCUCCAAAGUCUGGACUCCCAUCUCCAAGCAGCGCUGCAACAGUGGAGGCAAUGCUACCCUGCAGCGUUGCAACAGCCAUGGCAGCACAACCAUGCAGCGCAGCACCAGCGUCAGCCUGCCACAGCCUUCCUACUCAUCCUCCUCUUCUUCCAGCAGCUGUAGCAGCAAACACAUGCUCUUCUUGAACAGCAGCGCUUUCAGCGUCACCAGCAGUGGCAGCUUCAACACUUCGCCCGUGCCCCGGCCUUCCUCUGCCAGCAGUGGCUUUGUGGACAGUAGCGAGGGGAGCACGACCUCAUCUGGCAUCCACUGGCACUCAGGGGGCCCUUAUGACCACCAUCCCCGGCGACGGCUCUCCCUAUCGCAGGAGCACAUCACCGACACUGGGAACCUCCUGCCUUCGGCUAACAGCACUCCCACCUCCACCCCGGAGCUGAGUCGCCGGCAGGGCCUCCUGCGCUGCCGCUCCCAGCCCUGUGUGCUCAACGAGCGGAAAAGCGGGCUGAAGCGCAGGCGCGAGGAAGAUGUGCGGUGGAGCCGACCCUCCUUGGAUUUCCUCAAAAUGACAAGGACUUUAAAAAAUUCAAAGAGCCUUUGCUCACUCGAUUAUGAGGAGGACGAUGAACAUGACAAUGUCGAUGACGAUCCUCACAUGAAGACUAUUGUGUCGUCUCCUUGCGACUCGAAUGACCUUUUAAUGAACAUCAUCACUCCCGGCUCCAGCCCAGAGAAAGAGAACUCUGUCCGACACCACCACAGAGUCGGAGGUCGCCACCUGUGGAGCUUUGGGAGUACUGCAGCUGUGAGCGAGAGUGACGAGGACACCAGCGAUUGUGAGAGCACUGAGUUCCCUCUGGACUUGGUGGACCUGGAUCUUGAACAGAUCGAGAACAAUUGAGUUGCCAGAAUUUUUUUUUUUUUUUUUUGCAUUGCAUAAACCCCCCCAAACCCUGUUUGACCGACCUACCUGCCCAUCCGUCCUUCCGUACCCACUCACAAAAAAAUAUAAAAAAAUUUAAAUUAAAAAAAAAAAGGGCUUUUUGGGCCUGCUUUAGAAGAUGACGUGUAGGAGUAUAACAUUGUCAUUCAGUGAAUGCACAAUUAAGAGGAAGUUAUUAUUUUGGAUUUAAAAUCAAAAUAAUACAUGUAAAUAUGAAAACUCAUACUAGAUGCUUUGCAUUUUACAACUUAGUUCUGAAAAAGAGAAACUUAAUACAGACUUGUAAUAUAAAUUAGGCUUUAAAAAAGGCCUUUUAUUAAAUUAAACAGGUUUGUCUAGUGGUAUCUGUGUGGGUAUAUGAACUGAUUUUGUGGAAAAAGCCAAGAGUUCUAAACAAUCAUCUUAAAAUGAAAUAAAAAGCUGAAUAUUGGAAUUAAUGAGUUAUGGUAAUAGACUGUGUGUAGGUUUGGUUGCUAGAGAGGUCUUCCAGACUGCACAAGAACUGCCUGCACAGCUAUUAGGUGGUUGUAAAACUUCAUAAGUAGGAAAUAUUUUGCAGUAGCCUCUUAAGAAAAAAAAAAAAAAAUGUAGCAUUUAUAACAGGCUUCCUGCAGGAUAUACUCCUAAAUUGCCUGAAAUUAAAGUGGAUUUCAUUUCUCAAUGGCUUUGUAAGCUGCACUAGGGAGCAUACUUGUUUUGGCUUCUGCCAGCUGGUUAGAACUUUGCAGAGUGGUUUGCAAGCAUUUGCCAGUCCACCUCCUGGUUUCACUGACCUUGUGCUGCUGCGGCUAUUCUCUUGUGAUCUGAGCACCUCCACUGCCUCUGUUCUAACGCUACUCUUUUCAUAUUCCAACUUGACUGCUGCUGAUUUAUGUAAGAGGAUGUUGCACCUUUUUUGGAACGAAAGCAGGAUUGACCAAACAGGUAGUCCCUGAAAAAGGAUCUUACAGAAAAGAGAAAUCAAGGGUUUAUCAAAAUGGAUUUAAUUAGGAGUUUUUGCCACUGAUCAACACAAGUCCAUAAUGUAAAAGUGAAAAGUAA